AGUGUGCGCCCCGGAAGCCGGAAGCGCCUGACGGCAGCUUUCCGGUGGUGGGAAAGGGAACGAGUCCCGAAUCUAAGCGGCGCAUUCUGAGGCAGGUGGGGUGCCAGUGGAAGAGGGACUGCAGGAGACUGUUUACGGCCUGACUUGGGAGGCCGCGGUCAGCAACUGCAGAAGCAGGAAGCAGCGGAGAGGGAAUGGUGCGGGGAGGCGCGGAGAAGGAGGUGCAGUCCAUCCCUCUCACGGUUAGUGAAUGAGGCUCUCCGCCCGGGCCGGCCCGGGGACAGUGCGCUGCGGGUCCCAGCAUGAAUGCGGGCCCCGGCUGUGAACCCUGCACCAAGCGACCCCGCUGGGGCGCCGCUCCAACUUCGCCGGCUGCUUCGGACGCCCGGAGCUUUCCCAGCAGGCAGAGGCGCGUCCUCGACCCCAAGGACGCUCACGUGCAGUUCAGGGUCCCACCGUCCUCGCCAGCCUGCGUCCCAGGGCGGGCGGGACAGCACAGAGGCAGCGCCACCUCGCUUGUUUUCAAACAAAAGACUAUUACCAGUUGGAUGGACACUAAAGGAAUCAAGACAGCGGAAUCAGAAAGUUUGGAUAGUAAAGAAAACAACAAUACGAGAAUAGAAUCCAUGAUGAGUUCUGUACAAAAAGAUAACUUUUACCAACAUAAUGUAGAAAAAUUAGAAAAUGUUUCUCAGCUAAGUCUUGAUAAGUCACCCACUGAAAAAAGUACACAGUAUUUGAACCAACAUCAGACUGCAGCAAUGUGUAAGUGGCAAAAUGAAGGGAAACACACGGAGCAGCCUUUGGAAAGUGAGCCUCAGACACUAACCCUGGUACCAGAGCAGUUUAGUAAUGCUAACAUUGAUCAGUCACCUCAAAAUGAUGAUCACAGUGACACAGAUAGUGAAGAAAAUAGAGACAAUCAACAGUUUCUCACAACGGUAAAGCUUGUAAAUGCAAAGAAGACUACAGAAGAUGAACAGGCCAGAGAAGCCGGAAGCCACCAGACGUGCAGCAAGUCUUGCCAUCCUGGGAAAGACUGUGCAAGUUGUCAGCAAGAGGAGAUAGACGUCGUGCCAGAGAGUCCAUUGUCAGAUGCUGGCUCUGAGGAUGUUGGUACUGGACCAAAAAAUGACAACAAAUUGAGUAGACAAGAAAGUUGCCUAGGAAAUUCUCCUCCAUUUGAGAAGGAAAGUGAACCCGAGUCACCGAUGGAUGUGGAUAAUUCUAAAAAUAGUUGUCAAGACUCAGAAGCAGAUGAGGAGACAAGCCCAGGUUUUGAUGAACAAGAAGAUGGUAGUUCCUCCCAAACAACAAAUAAACCUUCAAGGUUCCAAGCAAGAGAUGCUGACAUUGAGUUUAGGAAACGGUAUUCUACUAAGGGAGGUGAAGUUAGAUUACAUUUCCAAUUUGAAGGAGGAGAGAGUCGUACUGGAAUGAAUGAUUUAAAUGCUAAACUACCUGGAAAUAUUUCUAGCCUGAAUGUAGAAUGCAGAAAUUCCAAGCAACAUGGAAGAAAGGAUUCUAAAAUCACAGAUCAUUUCAUGAGACUGCCCAAAGCAGAGGACAGAAGAAAAGAACAAUGCGAAACCAAACAUCAAAGAACAGAAAGGAAGAUCCCUAAAUACGUUCCGCCUCACCUUUCUCCAGAUAAGAAGUGGCUUGGAACUCCCAUUGAGGAAAUGAGAAGAAUGCCUCGAUGUGGGAGCCGGCUGCCUCUCUUGAGACCAUCUGCCAAUCACACAGUAACUAUUCGGGUAGAUCUUUUGCGAGCAGGAGAAGUUCCUAAACCUUUUCCAACACAUUAUAAAGAUUCGUGGGAUAACAAGCAUGUUAAAAUGCCUUGUUCAGAACAAAAUUUGUACCCAGUAGAAGAUGAGAAUGGUGAGCGAACUGCGGGGAGCCGGUGGGAGCUCAUUCAGACUGCACUUCUCAACAAAUUUACACGACCCCAAAACUUGAAGGAUGCUAUUCUGAAAUACAAUGUGGCAUAUUCUAAGAAAUGGGACUUUACAGCUUUGAUCGAUUUCUGGGAUAAGGUACUUGAAGAAGCAGAAGCUCAACAUUUAUAUCAGUCCAUUUUGCCUGAUAUGGUGAAAAUUGCACUCUGUCUGCCAAAUAUUUGCACCCAGCCAAUACCGCUCCUGAAACAGAAAAUGAAUCAUUCCAUCACAAUGUCGCAGGAACAGAUUGCCAGUCUUUUAGCUAAUGCUUUCUUCUGCACAUUUCCACGACGAAAUGCUAAGAUGAAAUCGGAGUAUUCUAGUUACCCAGACAUUAACUUCAAUCGGUUGUUUGAGGGACGUUCAUCAAGGAAACCAGAGAAACUUAAAACGCUCUUCUGCUACUUUAGAAGAGUCACAGAGAAAAAACCUACUGGGUUGGUGACAUUUACAAGACAGAGUCUUGAAGAUUUUCCAGAAUGGGAAAGAUGUGAAAAACCCUUGACACGAUUGCAUGUCACUUACGAAGGUACCAUAGAAGAAAAUGGCCGAGGCAUGCUACAGGUGGAUUUUGCAAAUCGUUUUGUUGGAGGUGGUGUAACCAGUGCAGGACUUGUGCAAGAAGAAAUCCGCUUUUUAAUCAAUCCUGAGUUGAUUGUUUCACGGCUCUUCACUGAGGUGCUGGAUCACAAUGAAUGUCUAAUUAUCACAGGUACUGAGCAGUACAGUGAAUACACAGGCUAUGCCGAGACAUAUCGCUGGUCCCGGAGCCACGAAGAUGGGAGUGAAAGGGACGACUGGCAGCGGCGCUGCACUGAAAUCGUUGCCAUCGAUGCUCUUCACUUCAGACGCUACCUCGAUCAGUUUGUGCCUGAGAAAAUCAGACGCGAGCUGAACAAGGCUUACUGUGGAUUUCUCCGUCCUGGAAUUUCUUCAGAGAAUCUUUCUGCAGUGGCCACAGGAAACUGGGGCUGUGGUGCCUUUGGGGGUGAUGCCAGGUUAAAAGCCUUAAUACAGAUACUGGCAGCUGCUGCAGCUGAGCGAGAUGUGGUUUAUUUCACCUUUGGGGACUCAGAAUUGAUGAGAGACAUUUACAGCAUGCACAUUUUCCUUACUGAAAGGAAACUCACUGUUGGAGACGUGUAUAAGCUAUUGCUACGAUAUUACAAUGAAGAAUGCAGAAACUGUUCCACCCCUGGACCAGACAUCAAGCUGUAUCCGUUCAUAUACCAUGCCGCCGAGUCCUGUGCAGAGACUGCUGACCAUUCAGGGCAAAGGACAGGGACCUGAGGAGCCGAACGAAUAGCAUCUCCUCCCACCUCCCACCAGAGACGUCCUUUUGAGCUGUCAGGUGUAAUAUAUGAAUUGACUUAAGUUAAUAUAAAUGUGUAUAUAAUCCACAUUUGUAGUCAAGGACGCAAUCUCUUCCACACAUAUGCAAUUGUCAGUUGAUACAUCUAAACCCCCUCCAUCCUGACUCACGUGGACUUAGGUAUGUUUUGUUUCUAUUUUCUUCUUUUUCAGUUUUCAUUCUUUGAUGUUAUUUCUUUUGUCCAUCAGAUCUCUUGUGAAAUCCCAUGGAAGGUUGUGCUCAGCCUGUCAGGUCUCUUUCUUCCUGCCCAUAUAUUAUACCAAUUGCUUCUGCAGCCCACAGAUGCCAGCAAUGCCAGGAAACAAGUUGAAAUCCAGGAAUCUCUUUAACUGAUUUUGCUAAAAAUCUCCCUGUGAGCCUUCCACUGAACUCUUAAUAGGCUUGCAUUGUUUAAGUUUUUAAAUUCUGAAAAUUAAUAAUUAGGGUUUUUCUUCAUAUAUGUUGCAUAAUGCAAACCUCCUGGAUUAAAAUAAUUUCUUUAUUUAAGAUAGAAUAAUUUCCAGAAAUUGUCCUUUUGAGAUAAUCACUUUUAUCUAUAAUGGUUUGUCUGUCGUUUUCCUUCUGAUCAGUUCUUUUUAUACCAGUUUUGAAAACUGACUGAGAUGAAAGGAAAUGUGGAAUAAAAGGGGGUUUUCCUGAUGUGGUGUAAAGAAAACAGAUUCGAGAGAAUUGAAGAUUUUUUUUGUUUCUUGGUACUUUUUUCUUUUUAAAUUAGCACUAAUGUUUCUUUUGUGGUGCUUGAGGCAUAUUCAUAUAACCAAAGUUUGGGAACUGGGAACUUCAUGCUGAUUUGUACAUAAUGAAGUUUCUCAGGUAUUCAAAGGUUAUAUAGUGAAUAAAUUUUCAUUAAUAAAUCACUUUGUCAGAAAUUCCCAUAUCUAUAUUUUAUAUAUGUAUAUAUAAACAUAUGCUCUUUAAGUGUGUCUAUAUGUGAGCACAUAAAAUCUAAAUAAAACUGGACUGGUGGGAAACAAUUAGGUUUAGGCAUUAUCUGGGUUCUGUUUAACGUCCUUUAUCACAAUUGUCCAUUUUUAAAUCUGGCGACAAACAUAAACAAUAAUGUCUUUCAGAGGUUAAAGUGAAAGCCAAAGCCAAUCCUAUGUUAACCGAAAGUAGAGUUUCAUCACAGAAGCACUACUCAGAUUUCCAAAACAAUCCUAAACCACCCUGUUGAUGUUCUGGUUUACCAUCAGCUGUCAGGAAAUGCUAAUAGCGGUCAAAUCCUAUUCAUAAGGCACUUCAGUGAAUGGCCUGACCUCCUGCUACUGGUGGGAAAAUGACAGGGCCUUGGCUGGUGGCCAUAGCUCUUUUUGUUUAUGUAGAGAUGAGAGGAUAGUGAGAUUUGGCACCUGAAGGCAGCCACUUGUCACUGAAGUUUUUUACCACAAUAACUAAGAUUUUUAGUCAUCUCUCAAAUUUGGAAGAAUCUGUCUUUAGUUCUGUUGAUACUAAAAUCUUUCCCAGUCUGUGCUUUGGUUGCAGAUUCAUGGUUGUUUCAUGUCUUCACUUUUUCUAGCCCCACACUCGUCCCCUCCCGUGCAGCCCAAGACUGAGUGACCAGUUCUUUAAAAUAUUUCAUGAACAGGGUAGGUUGGUUCUUGUGGUAGAGAAAUCAUUAAUCCAAGUAAGAAGUCACCCAGCUGGGUAUUUUGGAACACAGAAGGUAAGACUCUUUUGUGGAGAGCUGUGUAAACAAAUGCCUAACUCCUAACAUAAAUGUAAGAUGGGCCAGCUAAAUGCCCUUUGUUGACUUAAUACAGGAGCUAAGAGCCAGUCAGUGACUGCCAUCCCGAUUCCACUGGGGCCUAAACUCCAGGAAGGUAGCACUAGAGGUUGCAAAAUUCUAUUCUAAUGGAAAUGUUACAUUUCCCUGUAAUGAAUCCAUACAAGUAGGGCAAAAAGUGAAGUGUCUUUUAUUGUAGCUGGAAUUAUAUUACCUCAAUCCAAACAGUAUAAUUUAUUCCAUAAAAGACAAAAUUAGCUUAACAAAGGAACUUUACUUGGUUAUCAAAGUAUUUUAAAAUAUGGAGACCUUGGGGAUAAAUUAAUACAGGAAGUUCUUGGUGGUAAAAGGUGGAGACCAUCAUUGUGGAAUCUCACAUUUUCUAUUAAGGUUUGUAAUAGUCCUACAAACUUAGACAUAAAUUUUUAAUAUUUGAUAAGGAACAUUCACUGAAGAAUUGAUAAUAGACUCAAAAAUAUAACUGUUAUCGAUUAAUACAUGAUCUGUCCUUGAACACAUAUUCGCCAUUAUCUAAAUCUCACAUUAUUUAGUUUAUUUAUUCCGCAGAUACCAAUAGACAUGUUUUCACAUUGUAGCAUCUCCCAAAUCAAAAUACUUCUAAAAAUUGGUAGUAUGUCAGCUGGGCGCAGUGGCUCACGCCUGUAAUCCCCGCACUUCGGGAGGCCAAGGUGGGUGGAUCACCUGACACCAGGAGUUUGAGACCAGCCUGGCUAACAUGGUGAAACCCUGUCUCUACUAAAAAUACAAAAAUUAGCUGGGCAUGGUGGUAGGCGUCUGUAAUCCCAGCUACUUGGGAAGCUGAGGCAGGAGAAUCGCUUGAACUCAGGAGGCGAAAUUUGCAGUGAGCCGAGAUCAUGCCAUUGCAUUCCAGCCUGGGUGACAAGAGCGAAACUCCAUCUCAAAAAUAGAAAAGAAAACUGGUAGUAUGUGUCACAGCUUGCAGAAAUUUUUCCUACUGGUACAUAAAAUUAAGAUAUUUUACAAUCUAUGGCAUCUUGUAUUUGACAAAACAUGAUGAUUUGAGUAACAACUAUAUGCCAGUCACUUUGAAGCUUUGGAGCUUAUAAUUGUGACCAAGAUACUCUGAGUCCCUGUUAACAAAUUUAUACUGUAGCAGGGAACAUAGACAGUAGCUAUAGAUAAAUCUUGAUUAUUGUAAGAUUCUGUAAUAUUAGAGUGGGGUAGUCAGGAAAUUUUUUUUUAAGGAGCAUUUCAGAGAUAUACAAAAAUAAAAUAGGGUAAUAAACCUCCAUAUACCCAUCACUCAUCUUCAAUAUUUAUCCGUUCAUGGCUAAUCUCACUUCCACCUAUAUUCCUACCCAUUUACCCAUGCCAAAUUAUUACGAAGUUCAUUCCAGACAUUAUAUUUUAUCUGUAAAUCAGUAUAUCUUAAAAAGAUGACCACAGCAUCAUCACACACACACAUCAAAAUAAUCGGGAAAGGACUUCUGAUUCCAAAAGAUGGAGUAAACAUACUUUUCUCUAUUCUUCCUUCUAAGCUCAUUUAAAAAGCCCUGAACAUUAUAUGUAAAACAGACAAGAACACGUUGAAAGGUGGAAAAAAGAAGGCAGAAUCGCUAGAGACCUUGAGAAUCAAGGAAUAAAAUAGUGGUGAGUUCCCUGGGUUUUCUUACUGCCUUGUGUAUCCCAUACUUACUACCGGUUACUGGAGAACCCAACAACCUGGAAAGGCUGCAUACAGACAAAGGUUCGAGAAGAGCCCGUUUGCUGUAGCUAAAGGACCGGGAAAGUGCAACCAAAAGCAAUGACACAUUGUCUACAAGACAAACACAAAAAAAGAAAACUAAGAGAAUUAGUUGCCAGCAGAUCUGUCCUAAUAAAAUGGCUAAAGGAAGUUUUUGUUUGUUUGUUUGUUUAACAGUCCAAAGGUCUUUUUGUUGUUGCUGUUGAACACCUAUUAUGGUAUGAAUUAGUAGAGAAUAGGUUCUGGCAGCUCAGGCUCCUUGCGAUUGGUUCUCAGAAAGUGUGCUUCUCUGGGCAGAACAGGCUGGCACCUCAGUUAAGCCCAGGUACCUUUCUCUUUGGCUUCCUUCUUUUUCUGGUCAUUUUCCUUCACACUUCUCAGUAUGCUAUCUCACCCCUUAGAGUCCUUACUACACUCAAUAUGCACAUUAAUCUCUUGACAAGAGUGUUUUCCUUAAUUUGUUUACAACAAUGCCAACAGCAUGGUGGGUAACAUUGUGGACUCCCAGUUUUGCCAUGGUAACAUUUGUGGGACAUUCCUUUUCAAACAGUUCCCAUACUGAUGUCUAUGGUAUGACUUUUCUUGUUAGAUUCAUGUGUAUGUGGCCAAAGGAACAACUGCAUGUUAUAAAAGGCCCAGAGAACAUA